AUGUUUAUUGCUCAUGCGAUGAUACAAACUUUCUUUCUUUAUACCGGUACUGCAAAUAUCAGUUAUACCAGUUUUAUUAGCGUCAGUUCAACAAGAUCAAUAAGUACAAGGAUAGAAAUAGUGCAGUUCCAAAAAGAAUGUCAGACUGUAACUAUUAUCGAAACUUGUGAUGAGAUAAGGAAGAAUUUAAUGAAAAAGCAAAAUGGGAUAAAUCUACUAUAUGUACUUGCUAAGGGCAUCACCUUAGAGGAUUAUGAAGAACGUGUAGAUAAAUUUAACAUUCACAAAUGUUUGGAAUGGUCUAAUGGAAAAGUAAUAAUCUAUGAACUCCCGUCAGAGCUAUACAAAGUAUGUAUUAAGGUAAUCAAUUCUGAAAUAAUUGAGAAUUGCCUUUCUGCGAAAUGGACUAAUACAAAGAUUUAUAGAGCUUAUGUUGACAUUUCCACAAAGGAAGCUGAUGACUCAUUUCGUCCUAAAAAACUGGCAGUAACUUCUUCCAAUGAAAGCAAUGGAAAGCUAAAUCUCAUUGUUGAAGUUUUAUAUUCUGAGACUAUAGAUCAUGUUACAGAAAAAGUGCAUGAUUAUUGGCUUUGUCUAGAUCGUGUUCACAAUGCCAUUGUCGUAAAAAUUGAUCCAAUUCAACAAGGUCAAAUUCCUUCUCGAAUGAAAGCAUGGUACUAUUGUAUCUCCAAUAGAAGAACGAGAAAUACACUUCCAGUUAGAACUAAGUUUGAAUUUGACACCUGA